UAUAUAUCUCUUGAGGUUUAUAUGUUUCUUCGUAUCAGUUUCUCAGCAUUAACCACUUUGCUUCUGCUAUGGAGUUUCAGUGCCUUGCAUUGUUUUUUUCUCUCAUUGUGAUACUGAUGGCUGCUCAGGCUGCCUUACCUCCAGAGGUUUACUGGGAAAGGAUGCUUCCAAACACACCAAUCCCCAAAGUAAUCAGAGAAUUUUCUAAGCUAGAUGGUGACAAAGAGAUUGCAUUAGAAGACAGACUCCUUAUUGUUCCGUAUGGUGAUAAGAAAAAUGAAUUGCAAGAUGACGUCCAAGACAUUUCAUCACAAGAAUUUCCUAAGAAAAAUGAAUUGCAAGAUGGUGGCAAAGAUAUUGCAUUAGAAGACAGACUACUUAUUGUUCCGUAUGGUGAUAAGGAAAAUGAAUUGCAAGAUGGUGGCAAAGAGAUUGCAUUAGAAGACAGACUUCUUAUUGUUCCGUAUGGUGAUAAGAAAAAUGAAUUGCAAGAUGACGUCCAAGACAUUUCAUCACAAGAAUUUCUUAAGAAAAAUGAAUUGCAAGAUGGUGGCAAAGAGAUUGCAUUAGAAGACAGACUCCUUAUUGUUCCGUACGGUAAUAAGAAAAAUGGAUUGCAAGAUGACGUCCAAGACAUUUCAUCACAAGGAUUCCCUAAGAAAAAUGAAUUACAAGAUGGUGGCAAAGAGAUUGCAUUAGAAGACAGACUCCUUAUUGUUCCGUAUGGUAAUAAGAAAAAUGAAUUGCAAGAUGAUGUCGAAAAGAUUUUAUCACAAGACGAGAAUCCUCUUAUUUAUAAGAAAGAUGGUGUUGUUCUUCGAGGAAUAGGCCCAAUUUCUAAUCAUCAUCAUCAUGAUCACUCAAAACCAACUAUAUAUUUCUUAGAAGAAAAAUUGAGGCGCGGCGCAAAAUUGGAUGUGCAGUUCCCUAAAAGAAAAUUUUCAACCCCGUUGUUGACCCGUGAAAUUGCAGAACACUUACCAUUCUCAUCAGAAAAGAUAAAUGAAAUAUUAGAGAUUUUGGCUGUGAAGCCAGAUUCUAAGAAUGCUGAGAAUGUGGAGGAAACUCUGAAGUUCUGUGAAAUGCCUACACUGAAUGGUGAAGAAAAACACUGUGCAACUUCAAUAGAAUCCAUGGUAGACUUUGUCACUUCUAAACUUGGCAAUAACGCCCAUGUUACUUCUACAGAAACUGAAAGCAAGUCCCAAAAGUUCAUAGUUAAAGAUGGAGUGAAGAUUUUAGCAGAAGAAGAGAUAAUUGCAUGUCACCUAAUGAAAUACCCAUAUAUUGUGUUUUACUGCCAUAAGAUAUCGAAUAGCACUCUACAUUUUGUACCAUUGGAGGGAGAAGAUGGAACUAGGGUUAAAGCUGUAGUAGUGUGCCACAAAGACACAUCAGAAUGGGAUCCAAACUAUAUUGCAUUCCAUGUUCUCAAAGUCAAGCCUGGGACCAGUCCUGUGUGUCAUUUCUUCCCUUACGGUCAUCUUAUUUGGUAUGCUAAAUAGGGUUAACUAAACCUAUCAUGCCAUCAAUACUAUCCUUAUAUUAAAUAAGGCAUUUCUGGAUUGUGUGAUCAUGUAAUCUUUCAUCCUACAAUAUCUUUCUCUUUGUUCGGAAUUAUGUAAGAUAUCAUGAAUAAAAAAAUGAUGAUGAUGUGAUGUA